AAGAAGAAAAUAUAUAAAAUAAAGAGGUUAAUUACUUACAAAAUUGGCCACGCCUCUUUGAAUGUUUGUGAAAAUAAAAUAUUUGUAUUAUUUAUCACAAAAAUUUAAAGGGGUGUGGCCAAUUUUGUAAGUAGGGCACUCAAUCUGAAAACUGGUAGAGCACUAGCUCUAUGAUGCAAGUGUCCAGGAUUCUGGAAAUUCUGGAAUUUUUCUGGCCUUAAAGGUGAAUGAAUUGCAUACAGUGAGUUUCACUGCACUUGAUUCCACUGAGCAUGGAACUGACAUGUAUAAGAAAAAUAAUAAUGGAUGUCCCGAACUCCCCUUACGGGAAAAGCCUAAGAUCCUUUUUGGAACAUUGUGCCACCUUUUUUGUAAGUGUGUAGCUUUUAAGAACUAUAGCUACAAAUUAAGUCGAACUUCGCUGUCAGAAGAUCAAGCUCGUAAAGAAGACGUGAUUUUAGCAACAUUACGGGAAACGUUUUCAGAAACCCAAAAUUCACACUUUUACUCUCAAAACAAAUUUAUGUCGCCUUAAAAUUUUGAAUAUUUAAUGAAUGAGUGCUAAAACAUCGACUAAACCAACCAUCAGAUUCCAUCCGGUAUUAGGCGAUCUCGAAAGGCUUUUGUUUACAAAAAAAAAUAGGCCACACCCUCAAUUUGACUUUCGUAAAAAAAAAGAGAAAAGCAUUGUAAAAUAUCACAGAGUUUGUUCGAAAAGGUCUGGACUUUCUUAUACUCUCAAUAAUUUUAGAAAAGAGCAUAUUUGAAUUAGGGGUUUUAGGUGCAAACAAAGAUAAUAGAGGCGUGGCUUUUUACCAGCUAACAAUGGUAACAAAUGCAUUGAAGUAGUGCAAUUUAAUUUCAGAUAAUUAUCAAUUUAUUACCAGGGUCGAGGUUUUGACAGUAGAGUGAUGACAUAAAUUAUGUCCUCGCCACAAUUUUUGUCAGAAAAUUAUUCCAAAAUCCAAAAAAAAAUGUGAUGCGCUAUUAAGACACAUAAAAUUAUUUUUGAUUUUGAGGUUUUUCGAAAUCAUUUUGGGACUAAAUUUUUUUGCGGGUAGGCCAUAAGUAAAGACAAAGGCCAUAAGUAAUGCCGCCACCCUAGUUCUGAAAAGUGUGACCAUUUUUAGUGUAUUUUUUUCUGCUUUCUGCGUAAUGUCAUCAACAUUACGUCUGUAAACAGACUAGGAUUUUCAGUAUACUAUAUUGUAUCCUUAUUACGUUUAGGAAUGACCUUCCCUGUUUGAAGGCUUUUUCCGGUUGAGAUCUAUACUUAUCCCUGUUCGAAGGUAUAAAGUCGAAAAUUCGAAGGUACAAAGUCAAGUUUCUUUGGCACGAUGGGAACAUCUGGAAAACAUAGAAAAUUCCACUUUCUGUAAGGGCCCGUAUCGUAGGGAUAGCUGAGAUUUUUUGUGAGAGAAGUCUGGUCUCCUCGUAGAAGUGGCUAUGUAAUUGUUCCCGAAACCUAAUGAAAGAAAUUUUCUUUCAGACUCCGUGAAGACUUCAACAAUUUUCAAAAUUUUCCUUAACCAGAAAUUUGCGUAUUCCACUUGAAUAGUAGACUUCUCCAAUGUAACCGAAAUCGACUAUGUCAAAUAAAUGGACUCAGAUCAUUAUUAGAUUUGUCAAUGAUUCCAAGACCUUUCCAACGAACGUAAAUUUGCUCAAAUCGGUUGAAAAAUAUGAAUUCUGGAGCCUUUUUAACCUUUGACUUUGAAAAUCCGAAAUUUCGAAAUGUUCAAAAAACAUGUGGUUUUGGAAAGGAGAGGCAAAAGUGGGGAUAAAUGAGAAUCAUGUUAAUAAUUUAUGAGUACAGUUUUUUUCCGAAGGGUCUAAAAGUGUUCUAUCCGUUCUAUCAAUGAAGCAGCUAAGUGUGGGGAAAUGUAAACAAGGGGGUGUUUCUUCCGAAUGGGCGUGUCUCCACUAUAUUCCUCUUCAUGUCUUUUGGUAAUUUAAAAUAAACGUAUUGUGUUUCUGGUGGUGGCACUCAAAGAGUCAAGUAGUGGAGUACUUAUUCUUUCCGUACAGAAGUAGAUCUUGAAAAAUUCGAAAAUCUAUUUGAAGAUCCAAAAGAGGCUUUCUUACUUCUUAAUACUUUCGCAAGGUGGCGGAAGUUACAUCCUGUUCGAAUUUCGAAGUGCUCAAGUGUUAAAAUGUGACGGUCUUCACUUCACAUUGUUGUGAGGAAAAAAAAAACAGAACAACGACGUUUACUGUUCUUGCCCCAAUAUUUAAUCACUCCAUUCUCACUGAAUAACUCUUUUGCCAGCUUUUUAGUGUGAUAUUUGAUAAAUUUUCCCCACCUUGUUCGAAAAUUUAGUAUGAAAAUUCGAAAUUGAAUUUGAAUUCUUUGAACUUCAACGACUUUUUGUGCAAAUAGAGUUCCAUUUACCUUUCAUCCAAGACACUAUUGGAGAAUCAAAAUCUACUUCUGUUUGGGCUCAUUUUACGAUUCAAAUGUCCUAGGUUCGAAUCGCCUUUAGGUCACCAGGGUAUGAAUUCUGAGGUUCGUGAUCUACUCACAUGAGAAAUUCACGGCUCUGAGAUCACCUUUAGUAAGCGUUUUGUGAAGCUUUCGUAAAAACUAUACCAGGCUUCCUUAUGUGCUGUAAUAGUUUUACAUGACACUUUUACAUAAAAACUUAACGAAACUCUUACUAAAGACGAUUUAAAAGCCGUGAGUUUCUGACGUGAAAAACUUACGCAACUCAGAAUUCAUACCCAGGAAUUAUUCUGGCAUUAAAGGUGUUUGGAUUGCAUUUGACGAGUUUAACUGCUUUUGUUUCCAAGGGGAAUAGGAUUGGCAGGACUGGCAAAUUCCUUUCCUGUAUGAGACAAAAGUAAUAAUUGGUAUCCCGAAAAUCUCGAAUGCGAAUGAAGGCCUAGUUCUUCAAUAGAACUGUAUGAAACCAUUAUUUAUUCUUAUUUAUUGUAUCUCUGCUCUAACUAUAUCUCUUACAAGCAAUAUUUAAAGGAAUUUCUUAAAUUUUUGUAGAUUUUUUUCAAUAUCCAUGGUAGGGGAUAGUUCCUAUGCUUCGUAUGAUCCCAAGCUUCGUAAUGAAUAAUUUUUUCCUAUGUUUCUCAAUAAAUUUGACUUUUCGUACCCGUAUUUUAAAAACGAGGAGAAAGUCCCCAGUUUUUAAAAUACAUUGCAGAGUCCCAGGAAAAACUCAGCCUUUACGAAGCUUGGGAUCGUACGAAUCAUGGGUACUUUUCUCUAUGUGAGAGGCGUGGUUAAUUUCUAUAAGGGAUAAAAUCAUUAAGCCUUAUGCCCAACGCACAAUAAUUUUUGUUUAGUAAACAUGUUUUUGACAUUUCAGUGAGAGUGAAAGAGAUCUUAAUCUAGCCAUCUCGUUCACUCUCAUAGGAAAUUUUCAAAAGAUGAUUGCAAACAAAAUUUAUUGUAAUUAUUAUUGUAAAAUUUAUAUAGUUUACCUCUGGAGUAGUAUUUCUGUAUUAAACUUUCAAAAUCGUUUUAUCCAAGUAUAAUGAAAUCAUAACUCCUAAAAGGGGCGUGAUCUAAAAUUAUUUUUGGGCGGCGCUUACUGACUACCCAGAAGCCUUGGGAUUAAUGCAAAGUAUAAUGACUUUCCGUAGGAGUUCCAAAGUUAAUCAAGAGGUCAAAUACUACUUUUAUAGUGAAUAAUAAAAUAAAAUUAGUAUUGCCAGGUUAAAGUUAUGCCAAUAAUUGUUGAUUUUAAUUAUAAAUAGUUGAAAGAGUGAAAGAGAGAGAGAGAGAGAGUGAGAGAGAAUGUUAAAAAUUAUGUAAAUAUGAAUGUAUUCGUACAAUAAAAAAAAAUCGCUAUUUAAUUAUGAUAAGAAAACUUCUACAGGGAAUUUUAAUUAAAUUCGUGAAAUUUUCUCUGCGCAUCAUCUGCACAGAUUGAUGAACAGAAAUCAACCUCAUAAUGAUAGAAUGAAUGUAAAGCCAAUAUAACAAUUAGACUGUCGGCAAAACUAUCAAGUCCUACUUUUUUCCAUGUUGCACCACAAGCCAUGCAGAACCACUGACAAUUGCUAUAUAAAACUGAGAUGCAACUCCGGUGAGAUGGUCAGUGUUGAUGGUAUUUUUGAGAGCUGUGCUUUGAAGGAAGAGAGAGAAUCCCCCAAAAAAAAGAUCUUCUGCCUCGAUUUAUGUGUAACUAAAGUUAAUAAUUUGAUUUGUGUGACAAUGAAAUUAGUGAUAUCUAUUCUAAUCGUAGCAUUUCUAGCUUUAGUGUGUAAUGCAAAGACUGUGGAUAAUUCGUGGUUAAGUGUUGCACUUGAGGCAAGAAGUGAGUGGAAGAAUUGUGGCAGGAGGCACGAUGUGACACGCUGGGAAUGCCUCAAGAGUCGGAGUUUGGAUAUUUUGAAUAAUGUGACAAAUUCCGAUGUUAUUCCCAUUAUGGAUAAUAUUAAAUUAGUACGGAAUACUGUUGGUGCGAGAUCAAACACAGUGGAAGACGAGAGGAAACUAAUGGGCAAGUCGUGGGCUCAGCAGGUAUUACAUAAAAUUGCCUCAACACUCAGCACCCACCAUGUGGAAAUUAAUUUGGCCAGUGCUGGAGGAAAUGAUAAUGAGGCACGAAGACGGCGUCAUCAUAUGCUGCCCAUGAUUGCAAUUGGUUUCACGGCGCUCGGAAUGAUACUCAUGCCAAUGGGGUUCCAAUUUUUGGCUGUACUGGGUGGAAAGGCCCUACUGCUGGCUAAACUGGCUCUCAUUCUUGCAUCUAUUAACGGGUUAAAACGGGUAUACUUGUUUUAUAGAACACACACUGGAGGGAUCCAUGGACUACCUUUGCCUUCUUCCUACGAAUCAUGCUUCACUUACCACUCAUCUUCUAACCUCCUUCAAGAUUUUUUUUUAAUUUUUCAUUUCACACUUCCUUCAUAUCGUCUCACUUUUGGACAAUUUCACAACUAAUUUAAGUUCUUUCAUCCCAAAUACCAACAGUUAGCUGCAUCUGGCCUCUCCUACGGUCUCUACCAGAACAUCCCACAGCAAGGUCCAGGACUCUACUUCGACAGGAACGAUCCCAGCGCACAAUAUUCUCAUCCUAGGGCUUUUUCAGCGCAGAUACCAUCACAAAAUUGAAACACUGUAGCAUUUAUGUAUAAGAAUAUUUAUUUAUUUAAAUUAAUAAAUAAUAUUUUUUAAA